UAAAAAUUAUUGAAUUCAAGUUUGAAAUGGAUUUCCCGAGAUUUCCUUACAUUGAACUUAUUAAAAAAAAUGUUGAAAUAGUGGACAAUACACUGAUUGAGACUUUUCUUCAGAAUUUUAUUUCUCAGUUGGUUGAUGAAAUCUCACGGUUGGAAGCAUCCUGCGAUAAAUUGAGAAAUUCAAAAAGAGAUUCGCAGGCUUUAAAGGAAAAAUAUUUAAGAAACAUAUUUGCAAUUACACAUGGCAAAAACGGGGACGAAAUUUUACCUCAGCAAUUAUCGAAACGAAUGCAAAGCGAACUAGGCACGUUUCAGUUGGGUGGACGAAGAGUUAAUGAAUUGUUAGAGCGUUUUCAUAAAGAUUAUAAAGAUUGGCGGUUCACAUUGGAGGAUCAAAUGCAAAAAUCGCUUGGAGCAGAUGAAUUAAUUUUUUUGCCACAGCAACAGUUGAUGGAUAAACUGAACACACUUGGAAUAUUUACUAGAAAUGUCAAAAUUGAACUAAAUGUUGUUGAGAAAACAACAGAGGACAAAAAUAAAGUAUUAGAAGACAAACUAAGAGCAAUGCAAGAGGAAGUAAACAAACUUGAGGCGAUAAAAACGGAAAUGAGCGCUGCACAGCAACGACUCAUUGACGCAUUAAAGGAAAAGCAAUUUAAAUAUCAGCAAGAUAACAAUAAGUUGUUGAGGGAAAUUACCAGCUUACAAGAAAAGCUCAAUCUCUACGAAUAA